AUGGCUUCUCCAAGUGCUGGCCCGCCGUCGACGACUCGACCUGAAUCGAAGGAUGGCUCCAAGGACGACGAGAAGGACCUUGGGAUCGAGCCAGUGACCAUCACUGAAAUGGGCCAUUCGGAAGAGUACACGGAGGAGGAUUACAAGAAGUUGACGCGGAAGAUUGACCGAUAUCUCAUUCCAACCAUUAUUCAGGCGCUUUUUGGCGUGAACACCGAGCUGGGACUGCAUGGACAGCAGUACCAGUGGUUGACAACCAUCUUUUACAUCACGUACCUCUUCGGCGAGUUUCCGUCCACUUGGCUGCUGCAGCGGUACAACCUCGGUCGUGUUCUGACCGCGUACAUGAUUGCCAUUUGUCUCCUCUGCAUCAGCGCAUGCAACAACUGGGCCCAGUUGAUGGCGCUCCGCGCCCUUCAGGGCUUCUUCGAAUGCAACAUCUCUCCUGGCUUUCUCCUAAUUACUGGCGCAUGGUAUCGCACGUCUGAACACGCCCAGCGCUCCCUGUUCUGGCAAUCUUCGCAAGGCUUCUUCACAAUAACUUGUAACCUGAUCUUAAUCGCGCGAGUCAGCCAGAACCAAAUUGGAGAGGAAACCGCCAACAAAGCAUGGAAUUGGGAUCACGUCCGGGAGUGCUUCAAGGAUCCGCAGGUGUAUUUCGGCUUUUUCAAUACUUUUCUAGCAUGCAUCCCCAACGGGGGCAUUGCCACCUUCAGCUCUCUACUCUAUGUCACCUUCGGUUUCGACACAUGGCAAUCUAUGCUUUGGGGUUUGCCCCGUAAUGGUAUUAUCCUCCCUAUUCCUAUUCACUCCCCCUUUUGUUCAGAGGAUGGUUACGUGGUGAUGUCUCUGAUGCCAAACACACCUGAGCACAAAUGGCUCAAAUGGGGCAUGUUCGACAUCAAUGUGGUCUUCUCUCUAUCACUGUUCCUCGGAUGGAGUUAA